UAGAAGGAUGCAGAAUGGACAAUAUCGGCAUGCUGCUGAAAUGGGCGUGCCCGAUGGCAGUUCUCGCACAAUUCUGGAGUUCUUCAUCAACAAAGUGGCUCAAGUCUAUGAUAACCGACCAUUCGGGUCUACGAUCACAUCCCUUGCCAUCAUUCAGAAGCCUGACAAGGUGCAAUACAUCUUUGCAUCCAAUCAGCGGAGCUCGGAAGAUGCUCAAUCUGCAGCUACGACCAUCCAAACCCUCCUUGACAAAAUGGGUUCACAGAAUCGCGUAGACGUUGGAGACGAUGAUAGAUCCCCAGUCUUCCGCGAACUUCUUCACGACAUACUCCUAUUUCAUAAGCAGCGAGUUACUCUGUAUAAGUCGCGACUCAACCAACGACUGAAUCAAUGCAUCAAAGAAUUGAAGGCUAGGUCCUUGGACGCGGGUAUGUUUUCCAUUGAUCAUGUCAACGGCGUCUCUAGUGUUCAAUUAUUCAACUUAAUUAAUCACCAAAUACUUGCUUCUACAGGGGACCCUCUACUUGAUGAACUAGAAUAUCUCCAGGCUUUGACCCAGACCGAGGUGUCUUUGGAUGACAGUCAAGAGUUCGCUCGCAACGGUGAACAUCUGAUUUCAGCCGCGAAAGCCUUCCGCAAAAGUCCGAUAUACGAAUCAGCCAUUGAAAGAGCCAGGGAAGGACGCUUCAACGAGUCCGAGCGCUGGUGUGAGCUACAGCACUUCAUCGGACGACUUUCUUCGUAUCACGGUGCUGUUCGGGCUAUCAUUUCCGGCCGCAGACGUCUCCACCCGGACCUAUUCGAAAAUUUCGAAAUAACGUGGCUGCCGUCAAGUAUACCAAUGAAUAACCCGAUGGACACACUCCAAGCCCAUAUGGGUGUGAAGACGCAACAAAAGAGGCGUUCAGCGGACAAUAUUAUCAGGAGAAUGAUGGCAAACUCAGCGGACCGUGAUACGACUCUUGAACAGGCCAAAACUCUUCAGGUCUGUGGCUUGGAUGAGUCCAUCAUGCACCAGUGCCAAAAGACGUCUUUCAAACCCAUAGUUCAUUGCGAAAUUUUGUUAUUGCACUAUCUCGAUCGAGAAUAUGGCCGAAAUCGCUAUCACACUCCGUUCUUCGACGACGUCAGAUUUAUAGGCUGCAGUAAACCAACCUGCCGGCUGUGCGAAUAUUACUUCGAUGCUCAUAAUACAGACAUCCAAGUUCGGCCCGGACACAAGAAUGUCUACUCAAAUUGGGCUAUCCCAAAUCUCUUUGCCAACGAUUUGGCUGAAGCCAACGAGAGGGACAGCCUGCUCGACAAGGUCGUCAGCAAGAUUAGAGAGGAUGCGCUUCGCGCCUUGAAAGAGAAAAUAUCCGAUGGCAAGAGACAUGACUCAAAUACUCACUCUUCCUAUCCAACACAUCAGUCGCUGGAAGCCAAUGUUCAGCCAAAUAUGGAGGGGCUAGCGUUCGCAAUGGAAGACUUAACUAUAAUUGACCCAGCCGACAUGGACGAUUUUCAAUUCUCUUCAGACGAAAACCGGAGCAUUGACGCACAAGCAGAGGAAAGCGAGACGGAUGAAGAUGAUUGGGCAGGCUAUGGCCUUGCUGAACAUUCUGGCGGGGUGUCUCUCUAGGAUUGAGCAAGGCCUAGGUAUAUAACUACCUCGGUUCAAGCUGUUACUUAUCUAAGUAGAUAUACAUUUCUCUGUCUUACCUCAGUUCGCAUGCCUUACUAUUUAUUCGUUUGCAAAUGUUAGUCCUAGGUAGUCGUCAAAAUGUGAAACAUGCUCCCCUCUUGCUUGGGACUUGUGAGAACGCUGCCUACUUCACACGUGAAGCAUUUUCAAAGAUGCUACAAGGUUCCUGUCAACAGCUAGAGGUGUGACCCUAAUAUUUGCCAUAUCUCCCAUGUCUUUAAGCACUGCC